AAUGGGACACGUCAAUCAAUUUUUAACGGAAGGACCAAAUCGGGGUAAAAAUGGUAAACAGUAGGGACCAAAUCAAGGAUUUUUUUAGUUCAAGGACCAAAUCGGGGAUCCGUACAAUAGUUGAGGGACCAAAAUGGGGUUUUAACCUACUAGUUUUUAUGCUAAGAUGGAGGCUAUUUGGGAUCAACUUGCUCUCUCAAAACCAACUUUCAAUGACACUGCUGACAUUGGGAAGUACAUUGAGCAUCGUGAUAAAAUGAGGUUAAUUCAAUUUCUUAUGGAACUUACGAAUGAUUUUGAACCAUGCAGAGCCUCUUUAUUGCAUCAAUCUCCUUUACCUACCUUGGAUAGUGCUCUCUCACGACUAUUUUCUAAUGAAAGUCGUCUGGGCUUACUUAAGCCUCAACGAGAUAAUACUGUGGCUGCAACUAUUAACAAGUUUUCUUCGAGUAAGAAAGGGCAGAAGUAUUGUCGUCACUAUAAGAAAUAUAGACAUGCUAUCUAUGAAUGCAGUCUAGUAGAAUGUCAUAAAUGCAAGCAGAAAGGCCAUAUUGCUCCUAAUUGUACUACUCCACUACCUCAGAGAUCUGAUCAGUGGAAGACUCAAUCAAAGCCUGAUCAGUUUCCCAAGCUUGUGGUUGCUGCAGCUGCUGCCAAUGAGGACACCUCAAUCCACCCUUCGAUUGGUAAUCUAGAAACCCUUCUUAGACAGAUGAUAUCAUCCUCCUCUACAUCUAUUGCCUUACCUACCAUCCCAGGUAAAGUUUCUUGGAUUUUUGACUCUGGUUGUUGCAAUCAUAUGACUUCAAACUCUACACUUUUUUCUACAUUAACCCCUAAUAGUACUGCACCUCCAAUUCAUACUGCUGACGGUUCACAAAUGCAAGUUAGCCAAUAUGGUCAAGUUUCUACUUCUGCCCUUACCUUACCAAACACAUUCCUAAUACCAAAACUUAGUUUCAAUCUUAUUUCUGUGGGACAACUGUGUGAAAUUGGUCUUGAACUAAUAUUUUCUACUCAUGGUUGUCGUGUGCAGGACCCACAGACGGGACAGAUUCUUGGGACAGGCAGUAAAGUUGGACGUUUGUUAGAGCUCACCUUUUUGCACAUCUCUUCCAGUUACGUUUCCUAGUUGUGUGCAGUCUCAACAUCUUCUUCUUUGCACUUAUUGCAUCUUCGUCUUAGUCAUGCCUCUAUUAGUAAACUUCGUCCUUUAAUUCAAAAUGGGUCCUUAGGUUUUGUUAGAGAAGAGUCUUUACAUUGUGUCUCAUGUGAAGUUGCUAAACAGCCUGCUUUAUCUUUUAAUAAAAGUGAUUCCAUUUC